AUGGUGGUGGGGACACAGAGCUGGUGGGAUCAAGCCACCAGCAGAGGUGGCUGGGCCCCUCUGCUCCUCACGCUGCUCGCCCAUGGUUCAGGUUCCCUGGUCCAGGCAGCGCUGACUCAGCCCCCAUCGGUCUCAGUGGAGCCAGGAAAGAACAUCCAGCUCACCUGCUCCGGGCUUAGCAGUGGCAGCAAUGUUGGCUGGUACCAGCAGAAGGUGCCUGGCACUGCCCCUAUCACUGUGAUCUAUGGUAGCACCAAUAGACCCUCGGGCAUCCCUUCACGAUUCUCUGGAUCCAAGUCCGGCACCACAGCCACGUUAACCAUCACUGGGGUCCAAGCUGAGGAUGAGGCCGUCUAUUACUGUGGUGGCUGGGACAGCAGCAGUGCUGAUCAGCAUCCUGGUUCCCUGGUCCAGGCAGCGCUGACUCAGCCCCCAUCGGUGUCAGUGGAGCCAGGAAAGAACAUCCAGAUCACCUGCUCCGGGCUUGGCAGUAGCAGCAAUUAUGUUGGCUGGUACCAGCAGAAGGUGCCUGGCACUGCCCCUGUCACUGUGAUCUAUUGGAAUGACAAGAGACCCUCGGGCAUCCCUUCGCGAUUCUCUGGAUCCAAGUCCGGCACCACGGGCACGUUAACCAUCACUGGGGUCCAAGCUGAGGACGAGGCCGUCUAUUACUGUGGUGCCUGGGACAGCAGUGGUGCUGAUCAGCAUCCUGGUGCCCCCAGGGUGGCCAUGGUUGGGUGCUCCUGGUUGACCAUCUGUUGUCUGCCGUGUAUGGGGCAGCAAUCCUAA